GAACUUGAUAAUUCAACUAAGAAGAUGUGUAUUUAUAUUACUUUAAAGAAUCUAGAAAAAUUUCUUAAAAGAAAAUCAAAGGAUACUGAUACUGAUACUAUUACGGAUGAAAUUAGUGAUGAUGAAAAUAUGACAAAAAAAAGUGUAAAAAAAUUAAAAACAAGUAAUAAGCCUAAAGAAUCUGAUUUAAAUGAAAAUAAGCUUAAGCAGGCACAGAUUAUUACAGAACUUCGAAAUAAAUAUAAGUGCUUACAACAUGUUACUUCUUGUUAUGUUUUGAAUGAAUGGCAUCUUGAAUUAAUUCCUUCUCGUUUAGUAUUAUGGGCUCAUGAUAUUGUAUAA